AUGUCCACAAAUUAUAAGAAGUUGUCAGUAAUCAAGACGACCUGUAAUUUCCGAGAGGCUGUCCGAGUGGUGAGCGUCCCUCUGGUGAAGCCCUCGGACGACGAGAUUCUGGUGAAGACGAUCUAUGCGGGCGUUAACGCCACUGACGUUAAUAUAACGGCCGCUCGUUAUUUCACUGAUGGAAAGGUUCCCUUCGAUAUCGGAUUAGAGGCUUUGGGAGUGAUUGAAUCAAUUGGCACGAAUGUUAAGACACAUAAAGUGGGACAAAAUGUGUUGUUCCCAGAGCCUACUCUGAAUAUGUGGUCAUACGCCAAACCCGAUGAAGUGAUUCCAGUUCCAAGUCUUAAACCAGAAUUCAUAUCACUUCUGAUUUGUGGGUUAACCGCAACCAUUGGUUUGGAUGAGUUGGGUCGCAUUAAGAAAGGGGAGAAAGUAUUGAUAACAGCCUCUGCUGGAGGAACUGGACAUAUAGCUGUCCAAUGGGCCAAACAAAAGGGCGCUUAUGUUAUUGGGUUGACCUCAACACCAGAAAAGGCAAAACUGUUGAAAGAGUUGGGAACCGAUCGAGUGAUCAAUUAUAAGACCGAGAAUUUGGAUCAAGUGCUCACCAAUGAGUUUCCGAAAGGUAUUGAUGUUGUUUGGGAAACAAUUGGUGGACAGGUAUACAAAACAUUAUUCAAGCAUUUGGCAGAAAGCGGUCGACUUAUUAUUGUGGGCGGAAUUACUGGUUAUAAGACCGAGGGAUCCAACUUCAUUACUGACCCUAAUAUACCGAAUCUACCGACAACUCUCUUAAUGAAGAAUCAGACACUUUCUGGGUUUAUAUUGUCGGCUUACAAACAUUUAUUUACUGAAUAUUUGCCAAAAUUGGUUGAAGCCGUUGUGACCAACAAAUUGAGAAUUGUUUUGGAUUUUGGCAUCAAAUCAGGUGAUGGAGAGUUCAAUGGUAUUGAUUCUGUGGUCAGAGGAGUGGAGGUAAUGAUUAUUAUAUAA